UACGCCUUUGGAAACGCGUCUCUGUGUUUCCUUUGCCGUUUACUGUAUCCUCCCCUUGUCUGAAUAUGAACAAAAAUCACCAGAGUUUAAUAUUAUAAUUCAAAAUAGUCUACAAGUUUUUCUGCCUGAAGAGAAAAAAUCUGGACGUUGUAGCGAUGGAAUCGAGGAUAAAUUUUUGUGUUGCGGUGGCAGUUUUCAUAAUUGUGACUGAAAUUGCGUCAUGCCAUUUCGUGUUUGAGGUACAACACAAAUUCGCAGGGAAGGGGAAGAAUCUUGCUCACUUCAAGUCUCAUGAUACACGACGCCACUCUCGCAUGCUCGCGUCCGUUGAUCUUCCUCUGGGCGGAGACAGCCGCGUAGAUUCUGUCGGAUUAUACUUCACUAAAAUCAAGCUCGGAACGCCACCAAAGGAAUAUCAUGUUCAAGUUGAUACAGGAAGUGAUAUACUAUGGAUCAACUGCUCUCCCUGUCCAAAAUGUCCAUCCAAAACGAAUUUGGGUUUUAGUUUAUCAUUAUAUGACGUGAACGCUUCCUCGACUUCUAAGAAGGUUGGCUGUGACGAUGAUUUUUGCUCUUUUAUAUCGAAUUCGGACAGCUGUCAACCCGAUCUUGGAUGUAGCUAUCAUAUUGUCUAUGCGGACCAAAGUACAAGUGAGGGGAACUUUAUAAGAGACAACUUAUCACUCGACCAAGUUACUGGAAAUCUUCUGACCGGACCACUGGGGCAAGAAGUUGUAUUUGGGUGUGGGAGUGAUCAGUCUGGACAACUUGGGAAAUCCGAGUCAGCAGUUGAUGGCGUUAUGGGAUUUGGACAAGCAAAUACCUCUGUCCUUUCACAACUUGCUGCCGCUGGUGAUGCGAAAAGAGUUUUUUCCCAUUGCUUGGAUAAUGUCAAAGGAGGUGGGAUUUUUGCUAUUGGUGUAGUGGACUCUCCAGCAGAUAAAACGACCCCUAUGGUACCUAAUCAGAUGCAUUACAAUGUUAUGUUGAUGGAAAUGGAUGUGGAUGGUGCUUCUCUUGAUCUUCCACCAAGUAUUGUCAGGAAAGGAGGGACCAUUAUCGACAGUGGUACAACUUUGGCUUACUUACCACAGGCUCUAUACGAUUCCCUAAUAGAAACUAUUACUUCUCGUCAACCAGUGAAGCUUCACAUAGUAGAAGAAACCUUCCAAUGUUUCACCUUCACCAAAGAUGUGAAUCAGGCCUUCCCACCAGUAAACUUUCAUUUUGAGGACUCUCUCAAACUGACCGUUUAUCCCCAUGAUUAUCUUUUCUCACUUGAGUCAGAAAUGUAUUGCUUUGGUUGGCAAGUUGGUGGAAUGACAACUGAGGAUAGAUCAGAAGUGAUUCUCUUGGGAGAUAUGGUGCUCUCGAACAAGUUAGUUGUAUACGAUCUGGAGAACGAGGUGAUUGGAUGGACAGAUCAUAAUUGUUCAUCAAGUAUCAAAGUGAAAGACGGGUCAGGAGGAGUAUACUCGGUCGGAGCAGACAAUCUCUCAUCAGCUCCUCCUCUGUUGCUGAUCGGAAAGCUUCUUGCAAUUUUGUCAACAUUCGUCGCAGUGGCUUUUACUUAGCACACCACUCAUAAUUAUAUGAGCAUUGUUUUGGUGAUGGAUGCUGUAAGAAGAUGAAAUAAUGUUUAAAAAGUCUUCUCA